CAGUGGCGGCGAAUAUUCGCGUGAGAUAUACCGCGAGAGAAGACUACCCUAUACGAUGGCGCUCUUCCUGGAAGGAGAGGCUGUUCGUCGAGUGACGAGGAGGACGACGAGCUGGCGAUGCGCCAUCGCCGCGGCGAGAUUUCGUGAGUAGCGGGGAUUUUCGAUGGAUCUUGGUUGAAUCCGUGGAAUGCAGGCGCGAGUGAGGGCCAGGGAAUCGCAGGUCGAGUUCCUGGCGAUGGAGACGAGCAGUCAGGGGAUUCCAGCUCCUCCGGAGGAUUUUCGGUGCCCGAUAUCGCUGGAGGUGAUGGCCGAGCCGGUGAUCUUGUGGACGGGGCAGACGUAUGAUCGGCAGUCGAUCCAGCGAUGGCUCGACUCCGGCCACACGACGUGCCCCAAGACGAAGCAGGAGCUCCACGACGACACACGCCUCAUUCCCAACUACGCGCUGCGGAGCUUGAUCCAGAGCUGGGCGGCGGCGAAUUCGGUGGAGCUCGCCAGUGGCGGCGGCGGGGGUGGCGGCGGUAGCAAGAGCAAGAAGAGCAGCAUUUGCAGCAGCGAUUCCUCCUCCAAUCGCGCAAGGAAGGAGGCCGUGGAGGCGCUGGUCAGGGGGAUCCUGGCCGCCAAUCCCGCGUCCUUGAUCCGGGACUCGGUCCGCGAGCUCCGGAUUCUGGCCAAGGAGAGCAGGACCCAGCGCGCGAUGAUCUGCGAGGCCGGCGGCGUCGCCAAGCUCCUCGACCUCCUCCUCGGCAAAUCCCGGCCAGCCUUUCCCGACCUCCAGAACGAGAUUGAGGAGAACGCGGUGGUGGCGCUCCUCAAUCUCUGCGCCGACGACGAGAACAAGGUCGGCCUCGUCGCCGAGGGCGCGGUGGACGCCAUCCUCCACAUCCUCUCGCGCCACCACCACCAGGCAUCCAUCGACACCAGGGCCAGCGCCGCGCUCGCAAUCACCAGCCUCGCCAUGGUGGACGUGAACAAGGCUAUCAUUGGGCGGCACCCGGGCGCAAUGCCGGGCCUGGUCCGGCUGCUUAGCUCGGGCAGUCCGCGCGGUAAGAAGGACGCGGCCAUCGCGCUCUACAGCCUGUGCAUGCUGCCCGACAACCGGCGCCGCGCGGUAUCCGCCGGCGUCGUGUCCGUGCUGCUGACGGCAGUCGAGAGCGACGCGCGGUACUGCGCGGCACACCUUGCGGCACCGCCCGAGGGCGAGGCCGUGCUGGCGCUGCUCGACGUGCUUGCCACGUGUCCGGAAGGGAGGGCGGAGAUGAGGCUCCGGCGGGGCGUGGUGCCCGCGUUGGUGAGGGUGAUAGGCGCCGCUGGUGACUCGGCGGUACCACUGAGGGCGCGGGAGAGCUGCGCCGCCGUGCUGUAUGCCGUGUGCUGCGAGGACGCUACGUGGACGGCCAUUGCGCGCGACGCCGGGGCCGCCGCGGUGGCGGGGGAGAUGGCGCGCGGACUGAAUGGGGAGUGCCGCGCGGCGCGAAAGGCCGCCAGCCUCGUCCAGCUGCUCAGUGCAUAGUGAGCGAUCUUCUUCCUCCUAUCUUAGUCAUAGCUAAAUUAUUUUUGUUGUAACACCAUAACUUCUCUUGUUAUAUAGCCAAUGUAUGUUGUAAAAUGGCCAAAGAUCUUGUUUACUCCUGUU